UUGUGUCACACACGAUCAGUGCUCUGCGGGUUGUCGAGUGCGUGUUAUUUUGUCUACCAAAGAGUCUCUGGAGGAUGCCCUCACGCUGGCCUCCGCUGGGCCUCCAGCUGCUGGUGCUGGUUUCGCUGUCCUCUGCGGGCGCCGCCAUCAGGUGCCCGGAGGCUUGCCGCUGCGGCCAAUCUCGCACGCGCACCGCCGCCGACUGCUCCAGCUCGUCGCUGAGCAGCGCCCCGGCCGGCCUGGACUCCGCCACCACCAUCUUGGACCUGUCCUACAACCGGCUGGCGGUGCUGCGCAACGGCUCGCUCAGUCGGGUGUCCUCCAGCCUCCAGAAGCUGGUGCUGCUGGAGAACGUCAUAGCCGAGGUCGAGUCGGGGGCCUUCCAGGGUUUCUCGCAGCUGUGGUGGCUCAGCCUGGAGAACAAUGCCCUGCGCAGCCUGCACCCGUAUACGUUUUCGGGCGCACCGAAGCUGUGGAAGCUGAUCCUCAGUGGGAACCCUCUGCACCUCCCACUGGAUGGUGGGCCAUUUCUUGUGGCCCCAGACCUGAGGAUUCUGGAACUCAGCCGAUGUGGCAUCGCUACUGUGCCGCCUGCUACCUUCCGGAACCUCACCGGCCUCUGGACACUGCGUCUCAAGGAGAACCGCCUGCGAGCAGUGGACGGCCUGACCGACCUCCCGGAGCUGGAAGUUCUCGAUCUCCACGGGAAUGAGAUCGUCUCCAUCCGACCGGACGCGUUCGUCACUGUGCCCAAGCUGAAGCAGCUGAAUGUGAGCAGCAACCCACUGCUGGUGCCGUCCAGCGGAACAUUUCUGAACGCGGCCCACCUGUCCUUUCUGGAUCUGAGUCGCACUAACGUGACGCGUCUGGGUCCCGAUGUCUUCAGCGGAACGCCAGCACUCACUGUCCUCAGGAUAAGCAAGACGCCGCUGAGGUGGAUCGACUCACGAGCGUUCUCCAACCUGUCCCAGUUGGAGAGGGCCGCUCUCGACAACAACGCCAUCUCGACGCUGGACGCGAGUACUUUCUCGAGCAACGGCCAGCUGCUCGAGCUGGACCUGAGCGGCAACGGGCUGGAGGUGGGGGCGGAGAGUGUGCUGCUGCGGGCGGCGGCGCUGACGCGGCUGGAGGUGGGCGGCGCGCGCAUGCCCGCGCUGGGGGCCGACACCUUCCGGGGACUCCCCGCGCUCAGCGUGCUGGGCGCGCCCGCCUGCGGGCUGGCCAGCCUCGAGGACGACGCCUUCGCCACCCUGCCCGACCUGUACGAGCUGCACCUGCAGGACAACCUGCUCACCGCGCUGCCGGACGCCGCCUUCAGCCGCUGCCACCGGCUCGCCGAGGUGAACCUACGUGGCAACAGGCUGCUGCAGCUGUCGUCGUUCCCAGCGGCUCCAGCACUGGAGCGCCUGGACAUGGGGCACUGCGGCCUGGAGGGUGAGCUGCCUUCGUUUAGGGCCGCGCCCAGGCUGCGUCGCCUGCUGAUCGACGGCAACCGGCUGACCAGCCUGGUCGCUGAAGAACUGACGGCUACACUGCCCCAGCUGCGGCGGCUGGACGUGCAGAACAACCCCUGGAGCUGCGACUGCAGGCUCAGGCCGCUGUGGCGCUGGUGCCACGCUGCGGCUGCAGUCAGGAGCCCAGCUGUCCAGGUCUUGGGGAGGCCCAUCGACAUUGGAGAAGACGCAACUCGCUGUCCAGAGGACGUGAUGUGCGGACAAGCACAGCACGAGCACUGGGACCAGCUGGAGACACUGCGCUGUCCAGGAGACCCAGAGUCUGGAGAGGCCGUCGCUGAACACGACCCUAACCUGGAUGUGGAGAUGAUCAGCAUGUCAGGGCGACAGCGCUCUGCACGGCGCGCCUGAGCUCCCAAGUGAUGCUGUUUGGGUUUCUGUAAAUGCCAUUUGUGGGAAUCACAAGUUACACUGUGCUGCUACACCUAUGCUCCGGCUGGCUGUACUGAAAUUAAUUUCAUGCAUAAUGUAGCAAGCGACUGCUUACAGGGUGUUGGACAGGGAUAUUAAUCUGCACUCUACAGUUAAGUUCACUAAAGUUCUAAGAGCCAAGAUGAGAGACAGACCAAGCAGUAGUUUUAAGGAUGAUGGACAUAGAUCACGAUCUUCCUGCUGGCUAUGUCUUGUGGGACGCCCUGAUUGCCUUAAGAAGUGGUUAGUCUGAGGUCGACGGGCAUAAUGCCAUCGGGUGGGUACAUAAAUCUCCACUCUGUUGGAAGAUCCAAGGACUGUGGUACUCAUAUAACAAAUUUUCUCUCACACUUGCUAUGCUGGAACAGGUAUCUAUACCCAUUCGAUGCAUGAUUUCCUGAGGGAAAUGAUGCAUUACAUUCCAAGAAGUGUAUGUGGGGGCUAUGGAAAAACUGUGCUGUAUCAGAGUUUCUCCUUCUUUGGGAACAGUAAAACACAGUGAAAGGAAAUCUUACAGUCGGUCACAUAAGUAACAGGAAAAUAAUACCAUUUUUGACACGAAGAUGCACUAUUGACACGAUCGCUCACGGUAAAUGCUUUCUGACACCUCAAAGAGCGUUGUAAAUACUAAUCCGAAGGAAAAGCGCUUUCAUCUAUGGUAGGAAACCAAGGUAGAAAAUUCUCGACUUAGCAAAGCAAGAUUUUCUUUAUUAUGAACAAACUGCUCUUUUCUGUUUAAAUUUAGACUUUUCAAUCAACCCACGUUAUGCAUAAUUUUUCCAGUCAAUAGAUUCCAUUUCUGAAGCGCAGUUUUGGAAGGGAUUACAAAAAAUCACUCUAUAUCUGCCCUAAUCUCUUCGUUAUAAUAGUAAAGACAAACGUUUUUCUUUUUAUAGAUUUGAUAAUAGGUGUAAAACAGAGGAUGUCAGACCUGAUAGAGCGAAUGUUUCAAAGUUUCGUACUACAGGCCACUCAGUUUUCAAGUUGUCAAAGAACCUUGCGGGAAAGAGAAUCUGUCGUGUUGGUAGAUGACUUUUUCUUUUGCAGUCCAGGUCUCCUGUCGUCAUUUUUUCUUACAUUUAAUCUAGGAAACUUAGUUGGUAUUCUCAAACUUGAAAGUAGUCAUUUUAUCCUCUCCAAGAGUACCGAUAAGAAGGCUCCCUUUUGAAUUUUAAACCAUAACCUUCCUGACAUCUUACAUCGACUUUGACACCGGGGAAUCCAUUCACUACUUUGAUUUGUGUUACGUUUCUUGCCUAAAGUGUUGGACCUAUCUCUCUACCACAUUGGCAAAAUUUGUAUACGAUAUCAGGUGAAAUAUUGUUAACAUUGCUGAGAUAUUCGUUCUUACUUUUGCUUUUGGCUAGCGUUCUGUUGCAUAAUCCAAUAUGCAUAAGUCUUUCUCAUAGUUAAUUAUUCAAUUAAAAUAUACUGUACAGGUUUUUUCGGAUAUUACUUUGUUGAAAGCUGUAACUUCAAGUAAAUCGCCGCAGCCGGUCUCGUAAUAUUAUUAAUUCACAUUUUUUUAGUGGUCGUAUGAGCACAGGAUUUAUCGUCCGCUUAACUAUAACACACACACACACACAAACACACACACACACAUAUGUGUGUGUAAAAUUAAAUAAGACCUAUCCUAAAUUAAUGUAUCGCAGCAGUCUGUAUGCUGUUGCCCUCCUGUUUCCUUGCGUCUGCAUUGCUGCAGCUGAUGCUUCGCACCCGAAACGCGUAGUACAGUACCAAUAUAACCAACAAAAACAUAAAAACAUAUGAAUUAGUGGCCUAAUUUGGUGAUAGUGACCGUGAGCAAAUAGCUACAUGGUACAAAAGUUUUCUGACUAUCGUACCACAUCAUAAUACAAAAAAACUAUUCUGGAGAAACCAACGUUUCGGCUACGGUUACAGUAACCUGCACAGUUAUAAAUAGGGACAUAUUCAGCACAACAACAGACGACCAAGAGUUAACAUGGAGCGGAAUAAUUGUGUCAUCUGUUUCACAUAUGCCUUUAAUCGACAGUUGUGCAGUACCAUGUUAUACACAUUCUCUCUGUUUUCAUUUGCGAUUGCAGUCUUAGGAUAUCCUUCGUGUAUCAUCUUCAAGUGGACAGCCACAUUGAAAUCAACAGCCCUUCGCUUGACUGUUGAAAAUAAAUACGUUGACUCGUCACAGGCCUUCAACAAGUUCGGAUGAAUUUACUAGAGUGUCGGGCAGUCGAGAAUUAAGGUUUUUACGUUAGCAUAGCAGUCCAGUACAUCCAACUGAACGAAACGCAUGCAACACAAUUAUUUUAAAAAACUUUUACAAACAAAACCUUUUUCGCAGACUAAGCAGGUACCUUCGUUGAAGUCAGCACCAUAUUUAUGCCAGACUGUCAACUUUUCACAUUGUUUUCGUGGACAAUGCUUUGUUAUUUAGGCUUCAUACAAAGCAAAGCAGUAUUUGAUUACGGAUCUCUCCUGAGGUCGAGAUGCUGAGACCUUAGGGGUAUCAGCCACAAGGAAUGUCAUACGAUGAGAUGCCGUAGGGCUGUAGAAACCUGUUGAUGAAAUAUGCCGCUCGAGAUUCGUUUCUGUCUGAGACGUUGGCAAGAAUGGUCACGAUUUGAGCGUCUGCUUGAUGUGUCUGAGUGAAGCAAAGAGAGCUCAAAGCACUACGAUGCUUCUGUAUUCAUAUCGCUACUUUUGUAGACAGCUUCCACUAAGGAACUUGCUGUCUUUCAGCCGCCAUAUCUCUGACAUUGUCUUGGUUGUAAACGAUUUUUACGCAGAUACUAGUUCAUUAAUCUUUAAAAAAAAGCUUUAUAUAAGAGGACUUUGUAUGGAGUGACGUACUUAUGAAAGAAAAGAUUGUGACAAUGACUGAAUGUUUGCAAUUCCUUUGUAAAUUAAUUUAUUAUGCUUCAAAUUAGUCAUUGUAAAUGAAUUGUUUAUUAAUAUGAAAUAAAAACUCUCCACUCA